GAACCCUGGCUCUUGUUUGUUGUUUCCUCCCUCAUUCCCACCUGGCCUAGGAUGGACAUCGGCAAGGGCCUCCCAGCCACUGAGAGCCACAGGGACCUCCACAUAUGGAUCAUUGAGAACCUGAGGAUGGUGCCAGUCCCCGAAAGGGCUUAUGGGAACUUCUUCGAGGAUCACUGCUACAUCGUCCUCCACGUUCCCCAGAGCCUGAAGGCCGUGCAGGGGGCGCCCAGCGACCUGCACUACUGGGUCGGGAAGGAGGCGGGCGCGGAGGCUCAGGGCGCGGCAGGCGCCUUCGUGCAGCACGUGCAGGAGGCACUGGGCGCCGCCACCGUGCAGCACCGGGAGGCGCAGGGCCACGAGUCCGACUGCUUCCGCAGCUACUUCCGCAGGGGCAUCAUCUAUAGGAAAGGAGGCCUGGCCUCUGCCCUCAGGCAUGUGGAGACCAACGUGUACAACAUCCAGCGACUGCUGCGCAUCCAAGGGAGGAAGCACGUGUCCGCCACCGAGGUGGAGCUCUCUUGGAACAGCUUUAAUAAGGGUGACAUCUUCCUGCUGGACCUGGGCAAGGUGAUGAUCCAGUGGAAUGGGCCCGAGGCCAGCAUUUCUGAGAAGGCGCGGGGCCUGGCCCUGACCUGCAGCCUUCAGGACAGGGAGCGCAGUGGUCGUGCCCAGAUUGGUGUGGUGGAUGACGAGGUCGAAGCCACUGACCUCAUGCAGGUCAUGGAAGCUGUGCUGGGCUGCAGAGUGGGCAACCUGCAUGCCACCAUGCCCACCAAGAGUAUUAGCCAGCUGCAGAAGGCCAGUGUCCGCCUCUACCACGUUUGUGAGAAGGAUGAGGACUUAGUGAUCCAGGAGUUGGCGACCUGCCCACUAACCCAAGACCUACUGCAGGAGGAGGACUACUACAUCCUGGACCAGGGUGGUUUCAAGAUCUACGUGUGGCAGGGACGCAUGUCCGGCCUCCAAGAGAAAAAGGCUGCCUUCAGCCGAGCUCUGGCCUUCAUCCAGGCCAAAGGCUAUCCGACCUACACCAACGUGGAGGUGGUGAACGACGGCGCCGAGUCCGCCGCAUUCAAACAGCUCUUCCAGACUUGGUCUACGAACCAGCGAAGGAACAAGAACCUCGACGGGAUGAGUGAGCGGGAGGGGCGGGGCCGAGGCGGGGCGGGGCCGGUGUAG